UUAAUUGUUAUUUCUUGGAUAUUAAAUUAUGGUAGAUGAAAUUAUAUUUUUUAUUUAAUAUUUAUAAAAAAUGAUUAUGAAAUAUAUAUAAUUAGAAGAUUAAUUAUUAUUGCUGCUAUAACUAAAAGAGCUCAGAUUCCUUUUAGUUCUUGGUUACCUGCUGCUAUGGCAGCUCCUACUCCUGUAUCUGCUUUAGUACAUUCUUCAACUUUAGUAACUGCUGGAGUAUAUUUAUUAAUUCGUUUUAAUUUAUUAUUGAUUGAUAUAUUAUUUUUAAAAAUUUUAUUAUUAUUAUCUGGUUUAACAAUAUUUAUAGCAGGUAUUUCAGCUAAUUAUGAGUUUGAUUUAAAAAAAAUUAUUGCUUUAUCUACUUUAAGACAAUUAGGUUUAAUAAUAAGAAUUUUAAGUAUAGGAAUACCGGAUUUAGCUUUUUUUCAUUUAUUAACUCAUGCUAUAUUUAAGGCUUUAUUAUUUAUAUGUGCUGGAGUUAUUAUUCAUAUAAUAAAUGAUACUCAAGAUAUUCGAUUAAUAGGAGGAAUUAGAAAUUAUAUUCCUAUAACUUCUUUAUGUAUAAAUAUUUCUAAUUUGGCAUUAUGUGGUAUUCCCUUUUUAGCGGGAUUUUAUUCUAAGGAUUUAAUUUUAGAAAUAGUAAGUUUAAGAAAUUUAAAUUUAUUAAUUUAUUAUAUUUAUUAUUUAUCUACAGGAUUAACUAUAUUUUAUACUAUUCGAUUAAUUAUAUAUUUAAUAGUAAAUGAUUAUAAUUUAAUAAGAAUUUAUAAUUUAUAUGAUGAAGAUUAUACUAUAUUAAAAAGAAUAAUAGUUUUACUUUUUAUAAGAGUUAUUAGUGGUUCUAUAUUAAGUUGAAUAAUUUUUUUAAAUCCAUAUAUAAUUUAUUUACCUUUAAAUAUAAAAAUAAUAGUUGUAUACGUUAGAUUAUUGGGAGGGUUUAUUGGUUAUUUUGUUAGAAAUAUAAUAAUUUAUUCAAUAAAUAAAUUUUUAAUAACUUAUAAUAUUAGAAGAUUUUUAUGUUUAAUAUGAUUUAUACCUAGAUUAUCUACUUAUGGUUUAAAUUAUUAUUUUUUAAAGUUAGGACAAAAUUUAUUAAAAUAUAUUGAUUUAGGAUGAAGUGAAUUAUAUAGAGGACAAGGUAUAUAUUAUAUUUUAAAAAAUUAUUCAAUUUUUUAUAAUUUUUAUCAAGUAAAUAAUUUUAAAAUUUAUUUAUUUAGAUUUGUUAUAUGAAUAAUAAUUUUUAUAUUUUUAAUAAUAAUUUAAUAAAA